ACCGCUAGUCGAACUCAAAGCGCUAUACCAAUCUACUCUAUACUAGUUAGCAGUGUUUCUCGCUCUCAUGAGAUCUUCCUUUCUAGUUUAUUACUCCACCAUAGAGAAACGCAGGUAUCCAUAAUGGAAAACGACGCCGGAGAAUUUGUAGACCUCUACUGCCCCAGAAAGUGCUCAGCCAGCAACCGCAUUAUCCACGCUAAGGAUCAUGCCUCUAUUCAAUUGGCUUUAGUCGAUCUUGAUCCAGUCACUGGCCGCAUGACUGAUACAAUUAAAAUGUAUGCUAUCAGUGGAUCUAUCAGACGCAUGGGUGAGUCUGAUGACUGCAUUGUCAGAUUGGCAAAGAAAGACGGCCUCUUGGAUAAGAGAUACUAAAUAAAAUGAUUCUUCUUUAAGUUGGAA